AUGUCGACACAAAUCGGCAUGGGCGCAUGCUGCCUCUCGGGCGCCGUGCACAGCGGAAGUCCACAAGGCCACGAAACCACGAUCGGCAGCCUACCAACCUACGUCGCCGAACCGGAGAGCAAGUCCAAGGCGAAAUGCGUCGUGUUCAUAGUGGACAUAUUCGGCUGGAAAUUCAAGAACGUGCGCCUACUCGCCGACCAGUACGCCCAAGCCGGGUUCUACUGCUACAUCCCGGACGUGCACGCGGGCGACUCCCUGCCGAUUGAGUUCUUGCAGAGCAUCGAGCCGCCGCUGAAGGUCAAGGAGCAGGAAGGCCUACUGGCCAAGGCGAAAGAGACGGUCGACGUGAUGGCCACGCUGGGGCCGUGGUUGGCCAAACACCGCGAAGGGGUCUCGGAGCCGAUUGUUUCCGGCUUCAUGGACGCGGUGCGAGGUGUCGAGGACACGCAAAAGAUAGGCGCCAUCGGGUUCUGCUGGGGCGGGCGCUAUGCCAUUAUGCAGGGCCAUAAGCGGGAGGAGGGGCAGAAGGGCGGCGUGGAUGCCGUUUACGCGUGUCAUCCGUCCUUACUAUCCAUCCCGGCCGAUUUGACUCCGGUCGUGAAACCCGUCAGUCUUGCCGUCGGGGAGAAGGAUUCCAUGCUGGAUUUGAAGUCCGUCGAGCAGAUCAAAGAGACGCUGGAGAAGAACGGCGUUCCCACUGAAGUCAGGAUCUAUGAUAGUCAGGUUCAUGGGUUUGCGUUGCGCAGUGAUUGGAGCAGUGAUGCCGAUAAGAAGGCCAUGGAUGAUGCCGCGAAGCAAGGUAUUGAGUGGUUUAACAAAUACCUUGCCUAG